UUUCUUAAAUUUAUUUAACAGAUAUGGAAAUACUGAAUAUGACAAAAAAGAUCAUGAAUGAAGUUAAUGUCAGAUUUCAAAACAUUAAAAGCACAGACCAAACAACAAAUGAGAUAAAAAACACAAUUUUAGAUUCCAUUGCAAAAAUGAAUGAGAUGGACAAAGACAAAAGAAGAAAGGAAACCAUUGGUGUUUUUGGCAAAACAGGAGAAGGAAAAAGCUCUUUAUUAAAUGCAGUGUUGGGAUUAGAAGGUCUGCUGCCAUGUGGUAGUCUUGGUGCCUGUACAGCAGUGAUUACUCAAGUGGAAGCAAAUCUUGAGGACUCUGAAUACAAAGCUGAGAUUGAGCUCAUCUCUAAAGAGGAAUGGGAGAAUGAGAUUGCUUCCACAGAUGAAAGGACUGAUACAGAUAAUGAAAGGAUCAUUGCAGUGUAUGGGGCUGAUGCAGAUAAGAAAUCACUGGAAGAACUUAAGAAAAAUGCCAAAUAUGCUGAAAUUGAUCACUUUUUGUCUACCGAGAAAAAAACAAUUUCGCACACUGAAGUCCUUGACUUUGUCCGUGAUGUUAAAUGUCACAUUCAGCAAAGUGAGUAUAAUCCUGGUGGCUGGUACUGGCCUCUUGUGAAGAGUGUGACCAUCAAGAUUCCAGAUCGUCAAGAGCUUCUGGAACACAUUGUGCUGUUUGAUGUUCCUGGCACUGGAGACUGCAACAAGAUACGAGAUGAUCUGUGGAAAUCAAGAGUGAAGGAGUGCUCUUCUGUGUGGAUUGUAAAUGACAUCAAGCGUGCAAUCAGUAGCAAAGAGCCCUGGAGCAUAAUCGAGCACUGCAUCCAAGACUUGGGACCAGGAGGACAGUGCAAAACAAUAAACUUCAUCUGUACCAGGACUGAUGACAUUAAUAUAAAAGAAUAUCUAGGAUCUGCACAGCCAUCUGGAGAUCACUUUUCUUCAGACAAGAGUUCGAAAACAGCGUGCAUUCAUCAUAGGAACAACUCUGCAAAGGAUACUCUGAAAAGGAAGCUUGAAAACAUGAAAUCAAAAGACGUCAGAAGAUUCACCGCUGAUGUUUUUGCUGUCAGCUCUAAGGCAUACUUUAAUGAAGAUCUCCAGAUGGAUAAAAAUGAAACAGAAAUCCCAAAGUUGCAGGACCUUCUCAAGAACACCAACAAGAGCAUCAGGAGGGAACUGAUCAGAGAUUAUGUCAAUCAAGCAAAGGGAGUUUUGUUCCUUAUCCAACAAACCAAACUAAAUACAACAGAUGAAGAAAUGGCAAAGAUUAAAGCUGCAGUUCGUAAUGAUUACAAAGAGAGCCUUAAAAAAGCACUGAGGGAACUGAACGGUCGGUUUGAUCCACUAUAUGAGACUAUAGAGCAAUGUUUCUCAAAGGGAGUGGAGAAAUCAGUGGACCAGUGUCUCAGUACCACAAAGCCUGUGAUUUCAUCUGUGCCAUAUGAUAAAACCCUCCAAGCAUUGUGCAAGAAGAAAGGAUUUUGCUGGCCACAAUACUGGGAUGCACCUGUAGAUCUAAACAAGUGCUUGGCCAAACACAUCUACGACAACAUCGAUGAGGAGUUCAGCUUGAUAUUUCCUGUUGAUAGUAAUAACAUAACAGGGAGGUCAGUGCAAGAAAAGAUUGAUAAGUUCAGUGUUGUUCAGAAUGGCACUGUUUACUCUCCAUCUUCCAUUCUAUACCACAUUCAGAACUUCAUGAAAACAGAGGAAACCAAAGUGAAGACAUCCCUCAAACAAGAUGUUGUUAAUAGAAAGAAGAAUGUCUACUCAGUAAUCCAAAAAACAAUUCGGGAUCAAAUGACUGCAGGCUAUAAAAAAGCUGCCGAGAAGAGAGGACAAGGAGCCAUGGGAAAGAGAAAGAGCACAAUAAUAAAAACAAUUGAAUCAUUAAAAGACAGCAUGUUCGAAGAAGCAAAAAUGCAAUUUCUGAAUGAGUUCAAGUCCUUGAUGUGCUAUAUAUGCGAGAGCCUUAAAUCUAAGCUGAGCAGAUCAAUGGAGCGCUCAUUUUCACAAAGCAGCAAAGCUUCCUUGAUGGAUGUCUCAAGAGAGAUCGAAACCCUGGAGACACUGUCUGAAUACAUUGUCACUUAAAUCUGACUGAAGUCAUCAUUUAAACACAAGGACAAAAGAAACAACAUGUCAGCAUAAAUUAAAACUUGUCUAAUCACAUUUGAUGGGUAUGAAAGAAUAACAAUGAAUAUCAUUUCAUGUCUGCUUGUAGUUUUAUCACGGAUGGUGAUGUGUAAAUUUGACAUACUCAACCUUUUCAAGUUGUCUUAUUUUUGUUAUAGUUUGAUCUAAUGUUUCAUUACGUAAUGAAUUGCAAACUCAGCUCUGAUCUUAAUUAAUAUCCAAAAACAAUUCAUUUAAAGACUUACGUCUCACAUGAGUUUAUACUAGUCGAGCAGUGUUUAACAAAGUCACCAAUAUAUUUCAGCAAAUAAAACAUUAUUUUGUGGAAAACACAGUGAUUAAAACUAGUGAAUGAUUGUAGCGCGAUUUAGAUCAAGUUCAGAUCAGGACUCUGGGCUAGCCAUUUCAUUAUUUCAGUGUUUCCAGCCUAAACUAACUGCUUAAUAUAUCAUGCUGUGUGAAGGGCUCAUUUUUUUCUCUAUGUAGUUGAGCUAUUAAUGCUGAAGGAGCUUCAGAUAAACAUUUUUACUUUGCAGUAGGGCUGUGCGAUUUGGGGAAUAUAUCUAAUUGCAAUUUAUUUUUGACAGAUAUUGCGAUUGUGAUUUGAUUUGCAAUUUAAUUUUAUAGACAAGCUUGAGCUCAAUAAUGUGUAAGCUGUGGAAUCAAUUCUGUGACAGCUCUUAAAAAUGACCUGUUUUUUUGGUGUCUGUGACUGUGAAACCAAAGUAUUCCCAUAUUUCCAUCAUGCUGUUUUUCUUUGAUAUAGACGCCUUUAUCCCACUUGUCCGCGCUUUCCUGUUUGUUUUCAGUACAAACAUUUAAUUAAAAAGUUUCCACAUCAA